AAUGAAGUUUCUUGAUUGGUACUUGAAGAUUGGGUUUGUAUCUGCUUUGAUAGGGGCUUCAAUGGAGGUGUUCAUGAUCAAAACUGGCUUCUAUGACAAAGUAACUGUUUUGGAGUCAGAAAAGCGUGCUUGGGAGAACUCCCCGGAUGCUCAGGCUAUUAGAGAAGCUCUCAACCCCUGGAGACAUAUUGAUGCCGAAGAAACAAAAAAGUCCUGACUCAAGUAUGAAGCAUUUUCUUAAAAUCCACUAGUCAUUUUUUGAGAACACAAGAUUUAUUUGAGAAUAUACUGGAAUAAAAUGAUAACGAUUGGACUAGUUAUUCUAUUAUGAAACUGAAUCUGGUAUUGUCCAUCCAACAAAGUGGAUUGCUUGCUACAUCUUGUCAGCUGGACCCCAAAUCAUGGCAACUGUGGGAUGACUCACAACCUUUAACUUUACCAUCGGGUUUAGAAUCUUUUAUAUAUUUUAUUUGACUUUUGAAGAAGUGUUUAGAGUUUUCUUGAUAAUAUGAUACAAGUGUUGGAGAAUUUGAUCAAAACACAAUCUAAAAUGGAUUUCUUGAGGCGUGAAUGAUUAUUGU